AGGCUAUUACUGAUUGAGAAAGACAAAAACACAGGACACUGAUAACGGCGAACUCAAAGUAAAACUGAUUUCCCAACAAACUCUUUCUGCAUUUAACAGCAUACUGGCCUAAAACUGCUGUCAGGCUCCCUCGGUAUGACUGGGUGUUUUGCGCACGUAAAAGCGGGGUAUGUUGUUGAGAGUCCCCCCAACUCCCCCUCUGAUCUGCUUCGUCCAAUGAUCGCGUCGAGGGCGAGUCGGGCCUCAUCGACGAAACGAAGGAGACGGUGGGGGAGGGUCACGUGUGUAUACACUGUAGGGUUCAGUACCACUCAAUUCGUAGUAAGUUGUCAACGUCCUCCCCUUUCGAGAACAAACCUCGUCAGACUGGAAACUGUAUCGCUAAAUGCUGCAGUAGCCUAAGUACCUACGCAAAAAGUAAUAGAUCUAACUAUACCGUUUUUGUAUUUUUUUCUUCCGAAUAGAAAAGGAUACGACGUUUGUUACAAGUGAACACCAAAUGUAAUUACAGAGAAAUGUCAGUGGAAGUACAGCAAAACCCGAUGCCUCCGUAGACUUGUCGCCGUGCCAAAUCUGUACUUUUCUGCCAGGCCAGUGCACCAGUGCAGCCCUCUCUCAGAGCCCUAGCUAUGUGGAGCUGUAUGGCUUACAAUGAGACGGACUCCAGCCCCGAACACCGGCUCUGCCAGGACUUUGGCCUUGUCCUUUCCGUCUUCUCCUUGUUCUACCUCAUGGUGUGCUUCCCCGUAGGGCUCUGCUACAACGCCCUGCUGGUGGUGGUCAACCUCUCCAACAAAAUGUCCAUGACCAUGCCAGACGUCUACUUCGUCAACAUGGCCAUCGCUGGCCUGGUCCUCAACCUGGUGGCCCCCGUGGAGCUGCUAGGCCCUAGCUUCACACGAUGGCCUGUGUGGGAGUACAACAAUGAGAUCUACAUCACCCUGCUCAUCCUCUUCAAUAUCUCCUCCCUGGUCAUCAUGUACUCCACCACGCUGCUCAGCCUGGACUACUACAUCGAGCGAGCCCUGCCGCGCACCUACAUGUCCAGCGUGUACAACACCAAGCACGUGUGCGGCUUCAUCUGGGGCGGCGCCGUGCUCACCAGCUUCUCCUCGCUGCUCUUCUACGUGUGCAACCACGUCUCCACCAAGAUCAUCGAGUGCUCCAAGAUGCAGAACAAGGAGGCUGCGGACGCCAUCAUGAUGUUCAUCGGCUACGUGGUUCCGGCCGUGGCCGUGCUGUAUGCUUUCGUGCUCAUCCUGCGUAUUAGGAAGGAGUCCACCCCGCUGGACCAGGACUCAUCCCGGCUGGACCCUUCUAUCCACCGGCUGCUGCUGGCCUCUGUCUGCAUGCAGUUUGUCCUAUGGACCCCGUACUACAUGACUCUACUGGUACACACUAUAGCCGGGGCGCCGGGGAGCUACGGCAGCAACAACAAACAGCGGCUCACAAUUUACUUCUUCCUGAGGUGUCUGUCGGAGCUGCUGGCCUUCUCCAGUAGCUUCGCCAUGCCUCUCAUGUACAGGCAGAUGAACAAGAACUUCUCCCACAAGCUGCAGCGGCUGCUAAAGAGGCUAAACUGCAGGGACACAUCCUGCCCUCACGAACACUCCUCAGUGCAGCAGGUGGCGACGUGAGACAGGGCCAGGCCUUACUAACCCCUAACCUCUUACCCAGGCUGCACUUAUUAUCACAGACCCCACAGAGCCCACAACACGUGGCCUUAGAAGUCAGCCACAGGUCCACUGCUGCCGCUCUGGCUGGAGUCUUGACUUUUAAUGAAACUAAGGAAUCUUCAGUGACUUUCUAGAACUUAACUUUCUUUGUCCAUUUCUGUAGCGAGAGGAUGAACCAAGUAGAAACCACUAAGUGCAUUAGCAAGCUUGUCACUUGGAUACUUGGUUGUGAGAUUGGGGGCGCAAAGCCGUUGUAAUGCGGUGUCUCUUCUAAUACACACAUGGGUGAUUCACCAACAUAGGCUGUAGAGAUAUUGCGCUGCACACCAAAACGGACAAUGAGUUAUACUAUUGGAGUAACAAUUGUUUUUAUAUCUCAUGUGUCAAUCAGCAUGUUACUACUAUGCAUGUAGCUGGUAGUAGGUUGGAAGUGGAAUACAAUCUGUUUAUGACCCUGUCAGACCACCCAGUGCCCCGGAGCCUGAGGCCAUGUCUCAUUGAAGAGUUCCUGUCCAGCCUCGCCCACAACACUCUGGAGGGGUCUCAAAUGGCACCCUAUUCCCUACAUAGUGCAUUACAUUUGACCAGAGCCCUGUGUGUCCGGUUAAACAGUAGUGCACUAUAUAGGAAAUAGGGUGCCAUUAUGGACACAUCCUCUGUCCUCCACUGUCUUGCACCUGGAAAAAACCUUUUGCCUGCUCGUCACCCUCAGCAGUUUACACAGUACUAUACAUGUACCUCGUUUAAUUUUACACCCCUACGGCAUUACAUAGGAUCAUGUGAACUACGGAGAGAACUCUCCACACAGCUUCUAUUCAGGGUUCAGGCAUGGCCAACUUGCCUCUUGUGUCCUAGAAUGCUCUCACUUAUCUGGCUGCACACAACACCCAGUCAUUGUGUGGGGAACAUUUGCCUUGGCUCAGUUUAUGUGAUGUCUAAAAGCUGCUUAGAGGCACAGAAGUGACCUGCACAGCUGCUUUGCUAUCUUGCUUCCCACUAAAGAGGAAGACUGUUUAUAUAUAAAACAUGUCCUAUUUAUAUUUCAGCUAAAUAAUGAACACGUCCAAUCACAUUUCACUCUUGGCAUGCUAUGGUGAUGUCCGUUAUUGCAUGUGAUUAUGUGAUGGUUUGAAGUGUUGAAGUCUUUGUUGCUAAUAUGAAAAGGUCAGUUUAGUCAUCUCCACUUUGAAAGAGACAAUACAAUGAUAAGCUGUAACCCAUUGUUUAAACAUGUUGCUUCUUGCUACUGCUGGUGUAUCAGGCCACCUCAUGAUAAGUAUUGACUUAAUUAAAAGCUCAGCAAAACCCUUUGAGUUUCGUGCUGAGGAACCCUAAAAAUGAGUCCACACCCUGUUAAUCAUUAUUUAAGCUCUGGUCAAAGUCCUAAUUUAUUACAGUUGAAAUGCUCUUUCUGAGCAGUAGAGCAACAGAGGGACAGAUAUGUCACAUGUUCUGCCCUGCUACUACCAGAAACAAACAAAUGGCUUAUGUCUAGACUUAUAUUGGCUCAUUUUAAUUCCAGGGUUGUUGAAUGAUGGUAGAGUUCACUGAAAAUGUCAUGCAAGAGCCAGAAUCCUUUUUCAUUGUAUGGUAAAGUUAGUUAUACGCAAUGUUAAUCUACCUUUAGAUAUGACCGACAACACCAGGAAAUAAAGAAUGGUUAGGAAUAGGAACUGAAAUAGGAAACAGUAAAUUCUCACAGUUAAAGAUUCAGUCUGAGAUCUUAGGCACUUCCAACUUCCUAACAUAUCAUACGAAAUGGAUGACAUGGUACACAAUUCUUUUCUACUUUCAGGUACCAGUUUUGUCUCAAGAGCACUACUUUCAAAACUACUGGCUGAAAUGAUAGAAAACCUUUGGCACGUCACUUUAAUGUGAUUCUUAGUUUUCGAAGGACAGAUUCCAUCGCCCUUUACCUCCCCUUUAUGUUGUGCCGUUAUAACCCACCAAAAUGAGUAUAUACUUUUUUAAAGAACCAGUACUGUAUGUUUAUGGGAAACGCUAUUCUUUUAAAUCCACGUAUAUAAGCAGAGAUAAGAAUGUAUUUUAUUUCAUGAGGUUUAGCUACAUAGGGCAAGAUGAAUCCAGUUUCAGAUGUGAUGAUUUUGUGACUGUGUAUAUACCAGUAUAUAUGUAUAAUAUGAAAUAUCUGUAUAUAUUGUAUGUUAGAGAUUUACUGGAAAAACACCAUGUCCUCUCACAAAUACAGUAUUAUUUUCUCAAAUAUAUAUUUAGAUACUGUAGCUUCAGUAAUCUUCUCUAUUGUCGGUUGAGUCAAAGACUGAUUACACAAUAAACUAACACGGGAAUUAAACACAAUGUCUGUUCUUUUAGUUUCUCUUUGUCUUGAUGUUCACAGUGUUCUUUUGACAUUUUUUGCUAAUGUCAACUGUAUCCAGUCUCCACGGUACAUUGUCAUGAAUAUAAUAUAAUAAAUAAUAAUGACAAAUCCAUGUCAAAAUAGA